AUGGGGGUGUUGGUCCUCAUACAGACUUUAUUUGCUCUGAGCCAUAUUCUGCCGUUGAGUCAGACGGAGAGUGUGCUGAGGUUGAAUGCUGGACUGAAGGUAAUCCGGGGCCGAAGUGUUUCUGUGACCACAGCAGAUUUGCACUUCAACACUGAUGCAGCUACAGAGGCCUGCAAGGUGGAGGUGGUGCUCAAUGAGCCUGUCACUCAGAGAGUGGGGAAGCUCACUCCACAGGUUUUUGACUGUCACUUCCUCACUGAUGAGGUCAGAUAUGUUCAUAACGGUAGCCCAGUACUGGAGGAGGACUCAGUCAUGCUGAGAGUUUAUAGGUUCACAGAUUCAGAGACGUUUCCUGAAACCUUCCUGCUGAGGGUUCAGGUGCUGGGAGCUCAGAGGAGUCUGGUAGAGUUUGGGAAAGUUCCAUUGGUGGUCCCAGAGUUUUACGGCCUCUCCAACACUAUUAACAGCUCGGUGCUGAGUUUCAGAGCUCGGCCUGAUGUGAUCUGCACCGUCCGUCUGCUCAGUUCUGAAGUCGGCGUCCCUAUGCUGGGUCAGAUAGUUACAGAGGAUCAAGUCCAGAAGGAUCAAGCCUCUGAAACACUCCCAGGGCUGAGAAAAGGUCGCCAAACAGCCAUCUCUUGCCCUGGAAAUAAGGCAUGUGUGGUACAUAACACUAGGGAGGUACCAUUUCUGAAGACUGGCUGCAGUGAGUUUCUUACCGCGGGCCUGAAGUACCAACACCUCAGUCCUCCUUCACCAGAAAUCGAUUAUGUGCCAGUUAAAGUGGAGCUCAGGGACCAUAACACUCGAGCACUGCUGGAGGCGGAGAGCGUUUGGCUUCCUGUCCUAAUCCACAGAGCCAUGCAGAACCAGCCACCUCAUGCCGCCUUCAUGUCCAUGUUCAUCCUGGAGGUGGAUCAGUUCAUCCUGACCCCCAUGACCACAGCCGCUCUGGAUGCCAAAGAUGAUGAAACCCCUCAGGCUCAGCUGGUGUUUAAAGUUACCAAGCCACCAACUGAGGGCUACAUUACACAUCUGGAUGAUCACACCAAGCCUGUCUCCUCCUUCUCCUGGCAGGACCUGAAUGAGAUGAAGAUUGCAUACCAGCCUCCAAACAGCAGCCACGUCAGCAGAAGGAACAUGGAGGUAGAGUUCCAGGCUAUUGAUGGUUUCUUUGCUAUCAGUCCUCCUAUUAUGGUCCACAUCUCUAUUCGCACUGCAGAAACCAACGCUCCACGAGUCUCCUGGAAUCUAGGGCUGGAUCUACUGGAAGGUCAGUCCAGACCAAUCACAUGGGAGAACCUGCAGAUUGUCGAUAAUGACAACAUUAAUGCCGUCACUCUGGUUGCUGUGGACGGUCCACUUCAUGGACGACUUAGUGUUCGAAGUGGAAAAGGCUUCAUGUUUAAAGUAAAGGACCUUCGAGAGGGCGUGGUGGUUUAUCAUCAUUCGGAUAGCGACACCACCAGAGACUACAUCGUCUUUAGAAUCAUGGACGGCCACCACAGCAUUCGCCACAAGUUUCCUAUAAAUAUCCUCCCUAAAGAUGACACCCCUCCCUUCCUCAUUAACAACGUGGCAAUAGAGGUACAGGAAGGUGGGUCAGUGCGGGUGGAAGAGUACAUGCUUCUGGCAUCAGACCUGGACUCCAGCGAUGACCACAUUCAGUACCAGCUGGUUACUUUGCCUCGUGCAGGACAGUUGGUUAAAUCGAUGUCUGCAUAUGAGCCAGGUGUUCCAGUGGAGAAGUUUAUACAAAGGGAUCUAUUACAGGGUCUGAUCUACUACAGACAUUCAGGAGAGGAGAUGUUUGAAGACUCGUUUGAGUUUGUACUCUCUGAUGUCCAUGAGCCACCAAAUCUAUCUGACAGAAAUACGGUGGUAAUCCAUGUGUUUCCAGUGAAGGACCAGCUGCCAGUGGAGGUCUCUGGCACAGUUCGUUCAAUCACAGUGAAAGAGACCGAGCUGGUUUAUAUCACACAGAGCCACCUUCACUUCCAAGCACCCGAGCACCCGGACUCUGACCUCAUGUACUUCAUCACCCAGUCCUGUCUAAGUCCGACCAACCCGAGCCUGCCAGAUGCAGGCAGACUUUUCUACACAGAAACGACUAAAUCCAUGAAAAAAGAUGCCAUGGUUCCAGUGCUCAAGUCAUUCACUCAGCACGCAGUGACCCACCAUAAGGUAGCCUACAUGCCACCUAUUGAAGACAUCGGUCCUGAACCUUUGUUUGUGCAGUUUGUUUUUUCUGUGAGUGACCAUGAUGGGGGAACUCUGACAGGACUCAUGUUUAACAUCACAGUCACACCUGUGGACAAUCAGGCUCCAGAGAUGUUUAUUAACCUGUUACGGGUGGAGGAGGGUGGAAGCAGCUUCCUGAUGGAGGACCACCUGUUGGUGCGGGAUGCAGACAGUCCGAAAGAGAAGCUUAGGGUGCAGGUGCGGACCCGACCCAAACACGGGAGACUGGAACUGCUUGGUGUGGAGCUGUCAGAGGGGGAGAGCUUUUACCUACAGGAUCUAAAAGCACUCAGGGUCAGAUAUGUGCAUGAUGACUCCGAGACGACCAGGGACAGUGUGGGACUGACGAUUACAGAUGGAAUCAACUCAGCUCAAGGGGAACUCUCAGUGCAUAUCCUCCCUGUAAAUGAUGAGCCUCCACAGUUGGGCUCAGGUCUGAGGAAUGAACUCUCCUGUAAUGAAGGCAGUCGGGUACAAAUCACCGCUGAGAACUUAUCCGCUACAGACCCUGACAGCGAUGAUACCAAACUCACCUACAUGCUGGCUCGAACUCCGACCCAGGGGGUGCUGCAGAGGAACAGAAUCACCAUAGACAAGUUCACACAGUUGGAUGUACUCAAUGGUCUUAUCUUCUACCUGCACACAGGGGGUGAAAUUGGCCCGGACCCUGUAUCGGACACUGUUACUCUCAUAGUGUCGGAUGGAGAGGCUGGGACGGCAGACGGCUGCUGCCAGGAAGAUGCUGCCCCACCCCCAGUUCCCUUGCAUGGCACACUUCCUGUCUAUGACCUCAACAUCACUGUGCUUCCUGUAGACAACCAGCCACCAGCCAUCAUCAUAGGAAGCAUGUUGGUGGUGGAUGAGGGCUCUGCUGCGUGUCUGUGUAAUGGUGUCCUUAAAGCUGAAGAUCCUGACACUAACCCAGACCAGUUAAUCUACCACGUGGAGAGCCCACCUCGCUAUGGCUUUCUGGAGAACACCCUUCCUACUCCAGGCUUUGAGAAAAGCAAUGCUGGUAUCCAAGUGGCUUCUUUUAGCCAUCUCCAUCUCAGCUCCGGUUUCAUUAACUACAUCCAGUCAGUCCACCAGGGUGUAGAGCCCAAAGCAGAUCAAUUCACCAUCAGUGUCAGUGAUGGAACCCAUAAAUCGGGACCUGUAAACUUCUACAUCAUUAUCAACCCCACCAAUGAGGAGGCUCCAUCUCUGUUACUGAGCAACUUCACAGUGAUGGAGGGAGGCCAAAAAGACUUAAACCCUGCCAUCCUAAAUGCAGUAGAUCUGGAUGCUCCACCAGAUACUCUAAGCAUCACAAUCCUUAAUCCUCCUGCUCAUGGGACUCUGCUCAAUGGGAUCCAUGGAUUUGACAUGAACCAUUAUAAGGAGAUGGGCACAGAGCUGUUGAAGAGAAGUCCACCGGUGCACGUCUUCACAAUACAAGCAUUGCAGCAAGGAAUGAAAAUCAUGUAUGUGCAUGAUGACACAGAAACCCUGGAGGACAGUUUCACCAUGCAGCUGACAGAUGGCAAGCACUCUGUCCAGGGGACGGCAUGGGUCCGCAUUCUACCGGUCAAUGAUGAAAAGCCUUGGCUGAUAAAGAAUGAAGGUAUAGAGGUGGAGGCUUUGGAGAGGAGGGUCAUCUCCAGUGUAGCUCUUGAGGUAGAGGAUUUGGACACACCAAACAACAAGAUCUACUUCAUUCUUAAUGCAGGCCCCAGGUUUGGCCUUCUGCAACUCAAGACAGAUGUUGGAUGGACUGACCUAAGCGCAGGUCAGAAUUUUACCCAGGAAGACAUCGAGAUGAACCGUCUGUGGUACAAACACACCACGCUCAGUGGGCUUAAAGGUCAUGACCGGUUCCACUUUAUCCUCAGCGAUACAGAGUAUGAGACACCGCCACAGAGUUUCUUCAUCUCUGUUCGAACGGUUGAUAAGGGUGACAUUGUUCUCAUCACUAAACCUGUGACUCUAAUGGAGGGUGAGAGGGUUGUACUGAACACAGACGUUCUGAUGGCUACGGACAGUGGAAGCAGAUCAGAUGAGCUUGUUUACACCAUUACUGUCCCUCCUAAACACGGACAUCUGCACAUGGUCCAGCACCCAUGGAUCCCUCUUCUCUCCUUCACCCAGAUGGAUGUGGCAUCUCACCACCUGUGCUACACUCAUGAUAACAGCCACUUCACUGACAGUGACUCCUUCAGCUUUGACAUCAGUAAUGGUGUGACCUCCAGAAGUGGAACCCUCAGUUUUACCGUGGAGCAGCGUGACCGUAUCCCACCCACGUUAAGCAUCAACACCGUUCUCCAGCUUACAGAACGCACCACCACGAUCAUCACAACAGAACACCUCCAACUAACCGAUCCUGAUACAGCUUUAGAGAACCUCACCUAUACCAUCAUACAGCCACCACAGUAUGGAAAGCUGCUGUUAAAUGGCUUCCCUCUGUCUCAACCUCACUUUACACAACUACACAUCAACAACAUGAUGCUCAGUUACCAACACCUAAACAGCUUUGCCAAGAUGGACAGGUUCACCUUUCAGCCAUCGGAUGGAAUCAAUAAAGGCUAUCUGGAGCUUGGACAGCUGAGGGAGCAGCCAGCCACGUUCACAAUACAGAUCAACAUCUUGGACAAGACCCCUCCUCACCUGGUGAACAAAGGGACCCCCAGUUUGAUAGAAACUCUGCGGGAUAACCAACAUGCCAUUUACAUCACUAACAAACACCUCCAGGCUUCAGAUCUGGACAGUUCAGACCAGGAGCUUGAGUUCAUCAUCACCCGGCCUCCACGUUCUGGAUACCUGGAAAACUCCAUCACAGGUGGGUAUAUCAAAGGUCGCUUUACACAGAAGGAUGUGGACCAGAAGGCCGUGCGCUAUGUCAUUCCAUCAGACAUGGAUGUGACAUCAGACAGCUUUGAGUUCCAGCUCACUGACCCAGCAGGAAACACCAUGCUGCCAGAAGUAAUGGAGCUGCAGUGGUCCCGGGUGGAGCUGACGGCUUCCUGCUACCGUGUGUGUGAGAACGCAGGAAUUGUAGCUGUGCAGGUGAUGCGUAGUGGGAACAGUGUCGACCCGGCCUACGUUAGCAUCCAGGUGGAAGAAGGCACAGCAAAGAUAGGAAAGGACUUCACGCACAGCUCUGCUAGUCUUAUUCAGUUUGAUCCAGGAGUGAAUGUCAAAUUUUGGAACCUUUAUCUGAAAGACGACGGGCUAGAGGAGAAUGAUGAGAAACUGGAAGUAGUGCUAAAAGCCCAGAAGAACGUAGUUUUGGGUGUGAUAAUCAGAGCUUCAGUGGAGAUUGUGGAUCCUAGAAAUGGUAGGUGUGACCCAGAUGAUUUGAUUGUUGGGGAUGACAAGAGGAAACCUUCUGUUCCACAUCGACCACGAGUCCUCCUGCCGCCCUCUCCACUACCACCGUCAGUGGAAGAAGAAUACACCCCAGAUCCAAACAGUGAGGUUGUAUGGGAGAACCAUCCACCCAGGGGUGAUGUCCCAUAUCACACCCAGUUCACUCACUUUAGUGGUGGGGAGAUGCUGGACCAGGCCUUUCUCAACCAAAAUAGGAGACGGAUGAGCAAUACCAGACAGGGAGUGAGCCAUGACACUUCACGUACAACACGGUUCCAUGAUUUAACCCCAAUAAGACAAGAGAGGGUGAUAUCAGUGCCUCGUGUCCACCCGCAGCUGGAGAUCACUCCAAUAUGGCACUGGAGUGAACGUUCAACUGAACCCAGAUCAGUGGAGACUCCUCUAAGAGAUGGCUUUUCUGUCGGAUACAGUUCAGCACUGCGCCAGCACAAGUCUGCAAAAGCUGUAAGUGUUGGCUGUCUGUCUGGAUGGACUCUUUACAGAAGGCAGUGCUAUAUCCGGGGUCCAGGUGUGGUCAGCUGGACUUACGCUCAACAUGCAUGCACAGUACUUGAUGGUCACUUGACGAACAUUCGCUCAAAGUCUCAUAUGACGUGGCUGUGGAAGUUUGCUGGAAAACAAGCAUUCUGGAUUGGACUUUCUGGAUCUCAAGGCCGGUGGUUAUGGGCCGACAACACACCUCUGACUUUUUCAAAACUUAAGAAGAGUAAAACUUCAGAGGAUGGAAGCACUGAUGUCUCCUCUCACAGCUGUGUGCUGGCCCAGGAUAGAAAGACGUGGACUCAAGAAAACUGCACAGCACAACAGAGAUAUAUUUGUUCAACACCUGCACAAGUCAACCAAUAAAUAGACAAUAUAUAUAUCUAUGUUCCCCUUUCUCAUUGUUUCUAAAA